AUGGCGUCAAGGGAGUCGUGCCUGUAUAAUGCAAAAUUGGCAGAACAAAGCGAAAGAUUUGACGAUAUGAUUGGGUACAUGGAUACUAUCGUAAAAUUAGGAGUAGAGCUAACUUCUGAAGAAAGAAAUUUGCUCUCCAUAGCGUAUAAGAACUUUAUGGCAGCAAAACGCUUUGCUUGGCGUACAGUUGCUCUUGCUGCACAAGAAGCUGACCGUAAAGCUUCUCCAGAACACUCGUGCUUUGUAAUCUUCCAAAAGACUAUUGAAGAAGAAAUGCGUCAGUUAUCUCGCAGAAUAAUCCACUAUAUUGAUACUAUUUUGCUAAAAGAGGAACUUGAACCUGAGCCAAAGGCAUUUUACUAUAAAUUUAAAGCGGAUUACUACAGAUAUCUUGCUGAAAUUGAAAAUGGCAAUGACAAAAAAGAUUGUUCUGAACACAGUUUAAAUGCCUACAAAAGCGCCUUUGAGAUAGCGUCUGGAAAUCUUUUUCCAACACAUCCAUUGCGUCUUGGCAUUGCGUUAAACUUUUCUGUUUUUUAUUAUGAAAUUCUAAACUCUGUUGAUAGAGCUUGUAAACUUGCAAAAGCAGCUUUUGACGACGCUAUUGCGGAACUUGAUAAUAUAUCGGAGGAGAACUACAAGGAUGCAACACUGGUGAUGCAACUUUUAAGAGAUAAUUUGACGUUAUGGACUUCCGACAUGGCUGCGACCUCCAAUGAUGAGUGUGCCCGACCAAGAUGUUAG